UCAAGCAAUUUCCUGGCAGUUGUUAAUUGCAUAGCUGAGCUUUCUUUUUUAAUUAGUUUAUUUCUUUUCUGUUCUUUCUGUCUUUUACAAGAGAACUCCACAAUAGAUGUAGUCCAUGUCUAGCUGCAUAUACCCAAAAGCAAUUGAAUAUGGCUUCUUCUUCUUCAGUCCGUUCUAUAAAAUAUGAUGUUUUCCUUAGUUUUCGAGGUGCAGACACUCGUCAUAGUUUUGUUAGCCAUCUCUACGGUUAUCUGCAUGAUCGACUAGGGAUUCCAACGUUCAUAGACAAUAGACUUGAAAGAGGAGAAGAAAUCGAGCCAGCAAUUCUGAAAGCAAUUGAAGAUUCACAUAUUUCUGUGAUUAUUUUCUCAAAGAAUUAUGCAUCUUCUCCUUGGUGCUUGGAUGAAGUUGUCAAGAUCUUUCAAUGCAAAGACGAAUUCGGUCAAAAGGUAAUUCCUGUUUUCUACCAUGUUGAUCCAACCGAUGUCUACAACCAAACAGGAAGUUUUGCAGAGGAUUUUGCUAAGCACGACCAAGAUUUCAAGGACAGAGUGCAGAAUUGGAGAGUAGUUUUGAGCAGAGCCGCCUAUAUCUCAGGGGAGGUUUUGACAGAGUCCAAGUCUGAGUAUCAACUUGUUCAAGACGCUGUCAAGGGCAUUUUAAACAUUUUAAGGGAUUUACACCCAAGUAAUGUGCAGAAUUUGAUUGGACUAGAAUCACAAAUUAAACGGGUUGAAUCAUUAUUAUCCGGUGAAGAUGAUGAUGUCCGUAUUGUUGGAAUAUGGGGAAUGGGUGGUAUAGGUAAAACAACUCUUGCUAGAGUUGUAUUUGAGAAAUUCUCUUCUCACUUCGAUAAUAAGUGCUUUCUUGAGAAUGUUAGAGAAAAAUCUUUGCAGGCAUGUGGUCUAGCUAAACUAGAAGAAGAACUUGUUGUUCAAAUAUUUGGUGAAAGAAAUAAAUAUCAAACUCCAAAAAUAUUUCUGAGUAAGCUUCAUUAUAAAAAAAUUCUUCUUGUUCUUGAUGAUGUAGACGAUUUUGACAAAAUAAAAUUUGCCCAGCAUAGUCAAUUUGGUCCUGGAAGUAGAAUCAUCAUCACAAGUAGAGAUAAAGAAGUUUUUGAAAAAAUAGCUGAUGAAAUAUAUGAAGUUGAGGCAUUGAGUGAGCAUGGAGCUCUUCAGCUUUUUAGUUUCUAUGCCUUCAAAGAAAACCAGCCAGAGACAAGUUUUGUGGAGCUAUCAGAAAGUGUGGUAAGGUAUGCUAAAGGCAUUCCAUUAGUUGUUAUAGUUCUGGGUUCGCAUCUAUACAACAAGAGCAAAGAAGAAUGGAAAAUUGCAUUGAAGAAAUUUGAAACCAGUCUUAAGAAGAAAGUAGAAAGUAUUCUUAAAAUAAGUUAUGAUGGACUUGAUUACAAACAGCAGCAAAUAUUUCUUCACAUUGCAUGUUUCUUUAAAGGGGAACCUCGAUCACGCAUAGAAGAGCUGCUAGAUGCUUGUGGUUUCUCUACUUUAAUUGACUUGACAAUUCUCAAGAAUAGGUCUUUAAUCAAUAUUUCUGGCAAUAAUAAGGUUAUGAUGCAUGAUUUGCUACAACAAAUGGGACAUGAAAUUGUUGGUCAAGAAUCUGCAGAGCCAGGCAAGCGGAGUCGAUUGUGUAAUCAUGACGAUGUCCAUCAUGUGUUGACGAAAAAAACAGGGACUGAAUCAGUAGAAGGCAUGUUUCUCGACCAAACAAAGAUAAAUACACUGAGCCUGGAUCCUGCAGUUUUCUCCAAUAUGAUUGGAAUGAAAUUUCUCAAAUUUCAUGAUUCUAGUGUUAAUGAAGAUGAAGCUAUGUAUAGAUGUUAUAAGAAAUGUCUUCCAAAUUAUUUUGAUUUCCCUCAAGGCCUUGAAUCUCUCCCCGGUGAGCUAAGGUUGCUCACAUGGCAAUAUUGUCCUUUGAAAGCUUUGCCAUCAAAUUUUGAUUUCGAGAAACUUGUUGAGAUAAACUUGUUUGGCAGUCGCAUUGAAAGACUUUGGAGCGGAGCGCAGGCUCUUCCAAGUUUAAAAGAGAUCUCUAUGAGUGAAUGUAGAUUCUUGGUUGAAAUGCCUGACUUCUCUGGUGCCCCAAAUCUUAAGGCUAUAAGUUGUCAAGGCUGUAUAAGGUUGCUUGACGUUUCUCCAUCUAUUCAAUGUCUCAACAAACUGUCUUUUCUGAAUUUGGGAGGUUGCAAAGGGAUUAUGUCUUUGCCAAGUACUAAGAAUCUGAGUUCACUUGAACAACUUCGCAUGGAUGGGUGCCAAAAAAUAAAUAAGUUUCCUGAAGUCCCAACCACUAUACAAGUUUUAUUAUUGGCUUGGACUGCAAUAGAAGAUAUACCAUCAUCAAUUGGGUCCCUCUCUCAACUUAGAAUUCUGGAUAUACAUGGUUGCAACAAACUCAAGAGUCUUUCAAAUGUUCUGUUUCAAUUGGAACUUGAAACAAUUGCUGUAUCUGGACCAUACGUCUAUGCAUCAGUCUUUGCAAAUGAACUUUGCCGCUUAUCGUCACUACGAGAACUACUUCUAAGAGAAUGUGAUUUUGAGAGCAUACCAUCAACCAUCAAACAACUUUCAUCGCUUCGAAAGCUCUGCUUGUGCUUGUGCAAUAGGCUUCAAUCUUUGCCAGAGCUUCCACCAGGCUUAAGGGAUUUGGAUGCAUCACAUUGCAUAUCUCUGCAAGCAGUUUCAUCAUCGAUGGAACUUAUAGAAGAAGGUUGGGGACACUUCUGUUUUGUUGAUUGCGCAAAUUUGGAUUGGGAAGAAUUUCGGAGUCAUGUACCACAGAGAAUAUUACAUCUAGCACACAAAACAUUAGAAAGUCACAGGGGUUUGGAAAACAGUGAUGAAAAGCAGUAUAGGAUUAUUUUUCCAGGAUAUAGCAUUCCAAAUUGGAUUCAACAUCAAGACACUGGGUUUUCAAUUACUCUUCCACUGCCUCCAAAUUGGUAUGAAAACUUCUUAGGUUUCGCUUUAUCUGCUGUUCUUUGCAUUGGUAAUGGGACACACGACCAUGUUGAGAAGAAAUAUUUGAGAUUGGAAUGCCAAUUCAAAUCCAACUAUGGGGAAAGCUACCCUAAAAAUGCAAGGUUCUCCUUCUAUGAAUGUGCCACAGAUUCCUCGUUGGAGCAAGUGCUCAUGUUCUAUAAUAGCGAUUUUUGUCUUGAAGCAACAGACAAAGGAGAAAGGAUGGUUGACUAUAAUGAGGUAUCCUUUGGAUUUUUCAUGGAAAAUGCUGACAAUAAUCCAAUUGCCUCCACAGUUCAGAAGUGUGGGGUUCGACUACUAUAUGAAGGCAAUGAUAUCUAUGUGCAUAAUCAAAAUGAGGCAUUUAACUUUCAACAGAAUAGAACGUAUAGCUCAGAUAAGCAUAAGGUUGAAUCCAAUGUUGUGGGGAGGAGGAAGAGGAAGUACAAGAAGUUUUUGUCUCCAACCAUGAUGAGGCUGAAACCAAUCAAGUAUUUUUCUCUUUGGAGGAGGAAGAGGAUGAGGGAAAACCAAGGGGAACAUUUGGCCCUCAAGAAGAGGAAGAGAGGAUCCAAAAGGGACAAUAUUUUGCUCUCACAUGGACAACAAGUAACCUCUCUAGAAUAAAUUGACUGAAGUGGAGAAUUUCAGUCGUUCCGACGCUGUUACGCUUUUGUGGAUGUGGGAUGAUCAAGCAACUUUGGACAUUUACACACAAGUUUCAGACUAAGGAUUAUAAAAGGAGAAGUUGGUCUAUAAAUUUGAAACAUGUUUGGGAUUUCAUUCUUUCUUUCUCGUUUCUCGGUUUUUUAUUUUUUAUUAUUUAUUUAGCCUGGGAUAGGGUUUGAACUCAUAUUCACUUAAACAAGAGGAGAAGGGAGGGAGAAAGAGGGUGAAUGAAGCUAAGUCUGCAAAUGAUUUAUAUACAAGAACAUAUAGAAAUUACAUAUUCAGUGUAAAACAUAGAUGUAGAUGUAGAUAAAGAAGCUAAGUCUGCAAAUAAUUUAUUGAAAUGGUCAAGAAACCGGCCAAGAUAUUGCAAAGGUUACAA